AUGCUGGAGAUCGCGAAUACUAGGCACCUUCCACAAGAUCUCCCCGCUGCUCCGACCGAGUUGGGGAGACCAGGUCGAGUCGACACAAUUGAGCGUAAGGUUGGCCUCUCAGUUGUCUCUUGUCGUGCUGUAUUUCACGUCGGUAAUGGCCUUGGGUCUAACCGAAUGGCGGUGUGUGUGUGUGUGUGUGUGUGCGGUGCGUUUCAAGUGGCCACACGUUUCAGUCCAGCAUCACCGUUGACGGAGAUGUGUUCACUUUGUGUGUACUCUGUCGACGAUGUGGUUGGAGUGGACUUGGUCUCAUUCGGUUUCUGUGUUUGCCGCAGGCCUACACCUGCCGACACGACGAGGCGACUGUUGUUGGCGCGCGAUGUCUCCAUCCACUCGAAACCACUUCGGCUCAAUCCUCGUGUCUGGGUCUUCGUGAAGGGUACAGCAUCCAUGCCAGUUGGCUCGAGUCGAUGUAGUGCAUCUUUUCGUUGUGUACAACCCGUCACUGCGAGGGUGGAGGGCGGAAGGUCUUGGGCGACAGAAUACUCGCCGCCGGCCGCUUUAGCCGAUUCACGCGAUGCCGAGGUGUGUUCCUACACUUUCAUCAUGAGUCUAUUGGGUCGGUGUUCAGCUCAAGAGUCAAUCUUAAUUGGCAUAUUUACAGGCUUAGCGACGACUGAUGCACACCAUCCUUUCCUGCAUCCUGUGCCAAAGACUGCAUGUUCUGCCUCUGCCAAAGGGUUGACGGCUGAAAGGCGCAGGGAAGACGUUGUCUGGAGUGAAGCCCUCUUCUCAUUCUGCCUCAGAAAAGAAGACUACAAAAGGCUUGGCUCGCGUGUGGUCGCAGCGUCAAAUCGCUAUUUUGUCGAAAAGACGAAAUUCUCUUCUUCCCGCCUGCCUAUCUCUCUCUCCGCCCACUUGGUCGCCGAGGUUAAGGCAUUCUGUGAUCCCUUGAACUCAUUGUCUGCGUCAGGCUAUGCCACUUCACGGCUCGAGCCCAGACAUUGGUCUCCAGGGGUUUAUGAGAAUUGCGGAACCUAUAUUUACCGUUGGGAACUGGAAUAG